CCAUUUGCUCAAGCUCUCCAAGCUUCAGUAAUGGCAACCACCACCACUGCUGCCUCCAAAUUCGAACAUGAUCGCGCUAGGGACAUGUGGUGGCGCUGCCUGGCGUCCGCCUUCCGCACGGCGCUGGCGUGCACCAUAGUGGGCGUGGCCACCCUCUACGGCCCGGCCUACAUCAGCCGCCACGUGUCGUUCCCGGCCUUCUCCUACGUUACUGUCAUCCUCAUCGUCACCGACGCCACGCUGGGCGACACGCUGCGCGGCUGCUGGCUGGCGCUCUACGCCACCGCGCUCGGCGUCUUCCCGGCCAUCCUCAGCCUCUGGCUCAUCGGCCCUGGCCGCCUCACCACCCCCACCACCUCCGCGGUAGUCGCGGUCAGCGCCUUUGUCGUCGCGCUUCCCGAGAGCACCCACCUUGUGGCCAAGCGGAUAGCCCUCGGACAGAUCGUGCUCGUCUACGUCAUCGCCUACGUCAUCGGCGGCCGCACCGAGCCUGUCAUGCACCCGCUCCACCUCGCUGCCAGCACCGCCCUCGGCACGGCCGCCUGCGUUUUGGCCCUCUUGCUGCCCUUCCCUUGCCUUGCCUACUGGCAGGUGACAGAAAACUGCAAGCUGUAUAUAGAUAAUGCAUCGAAGAGAUUGAAACUGUUCAUCACGGCGUUCUCUGCACACGACAAGGCAUCGCCCAAGGCGUUGAUCUGUCAAGCCAAAGCUCUUACCAAGCCAGCAAAUAAAUAUCUUCAUUGCAUCAAAUCCAAAGAAGAAAGCAUGCAGUGGGAGAGAGAGCCAAUCAAGUUUCUAAAAUCAUACAAGAAAAAUCCAGGAGAGCCAUUGCAAGGCCUUGAAACAAUCUUGAGAGGGAUGGAAAACGCUCUCGAAAACUGCUCCGAUUUCCCAGUCGCAUUCAUGAACGACGCACAACUCAAACACGACUUAUCGUGCAUCGAAGAGCAAAUCAUGAACCAAGUGAGCAACAUGGCCUUACAAAACUCAGUCCUUCCACAACCCGACGACGACGAAGAACAGAACAAGUUCCUCCAAACACUUCAACCAACAUCACUAAGUCUUAACGACUUGCCCUCUCUGUUCUUCGUCUUCUGCCUCAAGCUCCUUCACUCCAAACCAUCACCAAAUCAGACUAAAACACCGAAAGAGUCAGAAAAAGUGAAUCAGCCCUUCCUGGUCAAGCUGUGGAACACCAAACCAACUCUGAUAAACAGAGGAAGACUAAUGCCAGCACUAAAAUGCUCGCUAUCGUUAGGAUUGGCAGUGUUUUUCGGGCUUUUAUACAGCAAGGAAAACGGAUUCUGGUCGGGGCUGCCAGUGGCGAUAAGCCUCGCCUCAUCUAGGGAGGCGACGUUCAAAGUCGCAAACAUCAAAGCGCAGGGGACGGUUUUCGGAACAGUGUAUGGAGUGAUAGGCUGCUUCGUGUUCGAAAGCUACGUAAAGAUAAGGUUCGUCUCUCUGCUUCCGUGGUUCAUCUUCAGCUCUUUCCUGCGGCAGAGCAGGAUGUACGGCCAGGCCGGGGGAGUCUCUGCCAUCAUCGGCGCCUUGCUGAUUCUCGGGAGGAAAAACUUUGGCACUCCUAGCGAAUUCGCCAUCGCUAGGAUCACUGAGACGUUUAUCGGGCUGUCAUGCUCGAUAAUGGUGGAUAUUCUUCUGCAGCCAACCAGGGCUUCUGUCCUGGCAAAAGUGCAGUUAUCUGCGAGCCUGCGCUCGUUGCAUGAGGCCGUGGAGGCUGUUAGCGUGGAGUACUCGUCGGGAUUGGAGGAGAGGAUAAGGAAGCUGAGGGCGGAUGUGAUCGAGCUUGGGAAGUUGAUUGAGGAAGCACAGGCCGAGCCGAACUUCUGGUUCUUGCCUUUUCAUGGUGCUUGCUAUGCGAAGCUGAAUUUGUCUCUGUUGAAAAUAGUGGAUUACUUGUAUUUCGGGAGCCAAGCGCUUGGGUAUUACGAGCAGGAAUGCAGAGAUUUGAGUAGUAAGACGAAGGUGGAGUAUGAACUAAAGGUGUUCAAGGAUGUUGUUUGUUGUGGGGUGAAGUGUCUUGAGGAGGUUAUUUUGGUAAAAUCGGUGGUGGGGCUCGUGGAGGGCGGGGUUGAUCUGGAGAUGGGGAGGCCGGGAAGGGACGAUGAGGAGAUGAUUAAGAGGGCGGUGUCGAUUGUUAGGGAGGGGGGGAGUGGGGAGUUUUUGAGUUUGGGGGCAUUGGUUUAUUGCAUGGAUGGGAUGUUGAAAGAGAGCAAAGAGAUUGAGAAGGGGAUCAGAGAGGUUGUACAGUGGGAGAAUCCUUCAACUCAAGUUGAUUUGAAUAGCAUUGUGUGUAAAUUAGGUGCUUUGAAGAAAAGUGUAACAACUUGAAAUGGCAAUUCAUAUUUGAUAGCAUUUGCCAAUCAAUACUAGUACAUCACAUUUAACCUUUAA